ACCAGACCCAGGAAAGAAGACACGUGGGAGGGCGUGAGAUAGUCACUAGGACCAUACGCCUGGUGAAGGGCACCUUAAGAAAUAAGAGCAGUCUCGCCGCCUCGGCGGACUGCAUCCGACCCCGCGGCGGAGGUGCCGGGGGCGCGCUCGCGGGCUCGAGCCUCGUGCCUCCUGGGCUUAAACCCGCGGGGGCGGGGCCUGCGCUGAGGGGCGGGGCCAGGGCGGCGAGGGCGGCGGCGGCCCCGACCCAGACAUCUGCGACUGUUGUUGUUCUCUGUCGGCGCGACCGCCUCGGUCAGCUCCGGAGCGAGAACGGACCUGGCUGCCGGGCAGCGUGCGGCCGUGGUCCCCUCUCUCCCCUUUCCUCAGAGUGACAGGAGCUGGCGCACACACGCUGCGGUUGGUCUCCGAUGCCCUUCAGUGAGAAGGGGACGUCCGGACCCUGGUGAGCGCACCCCAAGCCCCCACCCCCCCAGCUCGACGUCUUUGCAGCACCCCAGGCCCGCACACCCUCAUCUGGCUGCCAUGGCUGAGAACGCAGAGGGGGACCUGAACUCCAACGUGCUCCACGCCUCCUACCGCACCGGGGACCCCCAGCUGGACACGGCCAUCGAGCAGUGGCUCCGCUGGGACAAGAAUCCCAAAACAAAAGAGCAGAUUGAAAAUCUGUUACGGAAUGGGAUGAACAAGGAGCUGCGAGAUCGUCUCUGUUGCCGGAUGACCUUCGGGACAGCAGGCCUUCGCUCUGCCAUGGGCGCAGGGUUUUGCUAUAUCAAUGACCUCACAGUAAUACAGUCUACACAGGGGAUGUACAAAUACCUUGAGAGAUGUUUUUCAGACUUCAAGCAGAGAGGCUUUGUUGUUGGGUAUGACACUCGGGGUCAAGUAACCAGCAGCUGCAGCAGCCAGAGGCUUGCUAAACUCACAGCUGCAGUCCUGCUGGCUAAAGAUGUUCCUGUGUACCUCUUCUCAAGAUAUGUUCCUACACCUUUUGUACCAUACGCAGUCAAGGAGCUCAAAGCAGUUGCAGGUGUGAUGAUUACUGCAUCUCACAACCGCAAGGAAGACAACGGGUACAAGGUUUACUGGGAAACUGGUGCCCAGAUCACAUCUCCUCAUGAUAAAGAAAUUCUGAAAUGUAUAGAAGAAUGUGUGGAACCCUGGAAUGGUUCCUGGAAUGAUAAUUUAGUGGACACCAGCCCACUGAAGAAAGAUCCUCUGCAGGACAUUUGCAGGAGAUACAUGGAAGAUCUGAAAAAGAUCUGUUUUCACAGGGAAUUAAAUGCAAAGACCACCUUGAAAUUCGUGCACACAUCCUUCCACGGGGUCGGACAUGACUAUGUGCAGUUGGCUUUUCAAGUAUUUGGUUUUAAGCCUCCAAUUCCAGUACCAGAACAAAAAGAUCCCGAUCCAGACUUUUCUACUGUUAAAUGCCCAAAUCCUGAAGAAGGAGAAUCUGUGCUGGAACUUUCUCUGAGACUGGCAGAGAAAGAGAAUGCCCGAGUAGUGCUCGCCACAGACCCUGAUGCAGACCGACUGGCAGUGGCAGAACUUCAGAGGAAUGGCCAUUGGAAAGUUUUCACAGGGAAUGAGUUGGCCGCUUUGCUUGGGUGGUGGAUGUUUGAUUGCUGGAAGAAAACUAAAUCAAGAAAUGCUGAUGUGAAGAAUGUUUACAUGUUAGCCACCACAGUCUCUUCCAAAAUUUUGAAGGCAAUUGCACUUAAAGAAGGAUUUCAUUUUGAAGAAACACUACCAGGUUUUAAAUGGAUUGGAAGUAGGAUAAAACACCUCCUGGAAAAUGGGAAAGAAGUCCUUUUUGCAUUUGAAGAGUCUAUUGGCUUUCUGUGCGGGACCUCAGUUCUGGAUAAAGAUGGGGUGAGUGCGGCCGUGGUGGUGGCCGAGAUGGCAUCCUACCUGGAAACCAUGGACGUGACCCUGGAACAGCAGCUAGCCAGGGUUUAUGAGAAAUAUGGGCAUCAUAUUUCAAGAACUUCGUAUUUCUUAUGUUAUGAUCCACCUACCAUCAAACGUAUCUUUGAAAGGCUUCGCAAUUUUGAUUCUCCAAAUGAGUACCCCAAAUCUUGUGGGGCAUUUGCUAUAUUACAUGUACGAGACAUUACCACUGGGUAUGACAGCAGCCAGCCCAAUGAGAAGUCAGUCUUGCCUGUGAGUAAAAACAGUCAGAUGAUUACGUUUACUUUUCAAAAUGGCUGUGUUGCUACUCUUCGGACGAGUGGGACAGAACCAAAGAUAAAGUAUUACGCAGAGAUGUGUGCGUCACCCGACCAGAGCAACAUUUCCUUACUGGAAGAACAACUGCAGAAACUCAUUGAAGCUCUGAUUGAGAAUUUCCUCGAGCCCAGUAAGAAUGGACUGACCUGGCGUUCUGCUUAGGGGCCACCGUACGUCCUGAGUUUGCGCUGGCACAUGGAGCAGAGCAGCCAGGAGCUCCAUGUGUUGAGCCUCGUGUUCACGUUCUCCCUCUAUCCUGUCUGGAAGAGUAUCUUUUUCCUUCUAUUUUCUUUCUUUUCAGUCAUCUGGUUGAACAAACUAUAUGUUUGGGAUGAAAUGGUCUAGAGGAAAAUGAAAUGUUUUCAUAAUCUUGAACAGAAGUCAUUACAUUAAAAGUAUUAUAGUAACACGUUGUUCUUUAGCAGAAACAUAAUACAAACAUGAUUGUUCUUAUUAAAGAGUGAUUAAGCUUAGUUCUGUAUCUUGUAAUUGUGUAAAGCAUGGUUAAAAAAAUAAAGACAGAUAAAUGUCGUAUCAUCAUAGGGUUAGUUAAGGAGAUUAAAUCCAUAAAAUCGACUAGAAAAUGAUUCUGCACUUAGAUCUCUGUGGGAAAGUGUCGUCGUUACAUUGCAGGUGUUAAUGUGCAACUUAAGAGUAUUUGAACUAGGGAGUUCAGUGUUUCUAGUUUAGAACAGAUGUUACAACGUGUGAUUGCAGCACCUCUGUCUCGGGUGCCCUUGGUGCAGUGUAAAUUUGCUGUAUGUAUUCAAAUUCUGCUGUUUACUGAACAUAAACAAUAGUGGCAAACACUCCUAGGGGCUUCAUUCUUGUCUAGUUUCUCAGUGCCGUCUCAGGGUCCGGUGUGAACUGAAACAGUGUCCCUGCUUUGAAUAUAGUUUAAUCGGUUAUUUUUCAGAGAGUUGUGGAAAAUCUUCCAUCCAAAUUCUGUAGGUGCUUCCUCAAUAUCAGUGGGUUUGCUGAUGUUAAAACCGUGUGAAUGUAAAUAAAGAUCUUGAUAAAAAGCAGGCCUAAUGUUAACUAUAGCUUGAGAUCUUCAUGUUAAAAUGGUCAGUUAUCAUAACCUUUAAAUAAAGGGAAAAAAAUCAGAGCUGUGCAGAAAGGAGCUCUGAAGUCUUAACUUUUGAAUUUUUGCUAAGUAGCUUUAUUCCUUUAUCUGACGAAGUAAUGAUAAUGUCGCUAAGGAAUAAAACAUUCAGAUUUUAAGAAUUAUGAAACACUGAGAACUAUAAAGUCCAGAUCAUUCUAACAUCACUGGCUCCUAUAGCAUUUCUGAACACUAGUACUGUUUAUCUUUUUUUUAAUAUAGAAAAUAGUGUUCCUAAGAAAGUCAUUUUGGUGGAUUCUUCUGAAAAGACGUAACAGAGAAAUACUGUUGAACCUUCUUAAAGUGUACUGCUCCUGUCUUGCUCACAGAAGACCCCUGGGGUCUAUUCAUUAGGAGGUAAUAGUAACAAGGCCUGGUGUAUUCAUACUAAACACAUUGCCUACAAGAGCUAGCACCAGUAUUAGAGUAAUAAUAGAAAAUCUAAGCUGUUCAGAACGUUCAUCAAGUCAUGGUUUGGUUUGUUGCAGCUAUCAGCCAACAUUCGAUUGAGCUCAUGCAAUCCAAACAUCAUUUUCAAAUUGUCAUAUUGCCACUAUUGUUCAUUCGUUCCUUCCUUAUCUUCCACCUGGAUCUUCUCUGACUGUAGAUUAUAGACAGCUAGCUAAAUGUAGAGUACAUUUUCCUGGAUGAGUUUGUUUGCAAAGCUUUGCACUGGAGACGAAACGUGUAGAUUUUUUUUUUUCCAUUUAAAAAGUGUAACACAUUUUUUUCUUUGCUUUUAGGAAUAUAGGUUGUAAUUUAAGAUAUGGCAUAUAUUCUACAGAGUGGUAUCAACAAUGUUAUAUAUAUAUGAUAAAAGAUGUAUAUUUGGUUUCCGUACCUGUGUUUCAGUGACUGCAGAACAAAAUGAAGUAAAAAUGAUAAGACAGCCCAUUCAUAAUCACUAAAGCUCGAAGAGAAUAGCUUUAGUUGAGUGUUUUAAUGCAAUGCAGCAUUUAAGUUACUUCAAUCAAGGCGAUAAGCUAUUGAAGCCUGGAUUCUUAUCUCAAAAAUUAAGAAGUUCAAAGUUAAAAUUAACACAAUUCCGCAGAUGUUCCCAAAGGGUAUUGAUUGAGGGAAUUAUUUGAUUCUAGCCACACUUUAGAGUUCAUCUGAGCAUGAUAUUUAAGCAUGAACUUGACAUAGUGGGUUCAUAUUUGCGUAACAGGAAAACCCGGUGACAGCCCAAGCCAGCCAGGAGGGAGAGAAGUGUGUCGUGGAUCUUUUCCUUUCCAAACAGUGUGGUGAAAAUGAAUGCGUUCUCAUUGAGCUGUAAAUCUAAACGAGGGUUUUCUAGAGUCUGUGGGAAAAGGAUAGAGUAGGACAAGAUCAAAGCAUAUAUUGGAAAUGAGCAGUAGAAAUAAACAAUAUGGAAGUCAGUAACAACACAGGAGAAGCUGCUUAGAAGGGAAAAUUUAACACCAUAAAAGUAGGGAAUAAACCGUGUACAAGUUGUUUACUCGUGUUUAUCUGUUAUUCUCAUGAGCAGACAAUGAACUGACUGUUUUCCUUAUUGCCAUCACUAAAAAGAGGCCAAGUUUUAGAAGCUGAGAAAAAGUACCCUUCUCUCAGUUCACCUUCUGCCAGGUGUACACACCACACACUUUUCUGUUGUGUCAGAUCAUGUGAGAACUCAGGAGGCGACUGAGCCGAAAUAAAAAGGAAUAAACUGUAGAGUGGAAAAAUAGGACCUCUGAGAAAAAGUGCAAGGAGUAAAGAUCAUUUAACUCUGGAGAAGAGAAAGCUAUUGAGAUCAUUUUAUAAAAAUCUUGGGCUCUUAAUUGAGGCUUUUAUUGAAGGACUCAGAGUCAGAAAUACAAGGACAAACUGAUCUCCACCUCUAGUGAAGACAGAAUAAGAGGGGUUUGAGAAAAAGGGAGGGGGCAGCAUAGAAGUUUUAGAUGAAGAGAUAAGAACUUCUGGGGUAGGAAUCAUUAUAAAGUCUUCUGUUUGCAAGGUUUUUUUUUUUUUUAAUUUUUAAGGGGAUAAAAAUGUUAAUUUUUAAGGGAUUUAAUAAAUCUUUUUUUAGGUUUUUGCCACAGGGCACAUACACUUGC